UUCCACUAGCUCGAAGCCUCAUUCAGCCGCCGUUGCCAGUGGAGUGGAAUUGGCUGGGGAUGCUGCUGCCGCUGCUCCUCCUGCGCCUCUAGUUGUGAAUGGGACUUGCCUCGGCUCGCUUUCCUCUUGCCAGAGGUGACCCAAGGAGAAGCAGGCAGCCGGACUCGCAGAAAGAAUUGGGAUACUGGAUACGUUGGCAUCACAGAACGUGACUCUUCACUGGGAGUGCUGACUUGCUGAAAUGGGUGGAAUAUGCUACUUCAAUUGGCAAUGGGUUUCCAGUGGGUGAAGGAAAUAAUUUGGGAAUCUAUCCAGAAUUAAAGCGAUGCGCUUAAGGAGUGUUUACAUCUCAUUUAUGGAAAAGUACACCUGAAAUUUCAAGAGGAUUAUAUUAUUCCUUUUUACUCUUCUGGUGGCCCUGUGAGAAGAAGUGUUAAGAUUUGUGGAUACUCUGGUGCCUAUACAUUAACCAAAAAUGAAGGUGGACAACUGUUUACAUGCUACCCUUAUCUGCCUGGGAAUGCUGUGCUUCAGCCUUGCAAUAGAGAUUGGGAAACUGAAUCGUUUCAGGCCAUCACUCCAUGGCCAUCAUGAAAAAGGAAAGGAAGGGCAAGUUCUCCACCGUUCAAAAAGAGGAUGGGUAUGGAACCAGUUCUUUGUAAUAGAGGAGUAUACGGGACCUGAUCCUGUUUUAGUGGGAAGGCUUCAUUCGGACAUCGAUUCUGGCGAUGGGAACAUAAAAUACAUUCUCUCAGGUGAAGGAGCGGGAAUCAUUUUUGUCAUUGAUGACAAAUCAGGGAACAUCCAUGCAACAAAGACACUGGAUCGGGAAGAAAGAGCUCAGUACACAUUAACGGCACAAGCUGUGGACAGGCAUACCAACCGACCUCUGGAACCACCCUCAGAAUUCAUUGUGAAAGUUCAAGAUAUCAAUGACAACCCCCCAGAAUUUUUACAUGAAAACUACCAUGCCAAUGUACCAGAGAGGUCUAAUGUAGGUACAUCUGUUAUUCAGGUGACCGCUUCAGAUGCUGAUGAUCCCACCUAUGGAAAUAGUGCCAAACUUGUUUACAGCAUCCUUGAAGGUCAACCGUACUUUUCUGUGGAAGCACAGACAGGUAUUAUUAGAACUGCCCUUCCCAACAUGGACAGAGAAGCGAAGGAAGAAUAUCACGUUGUCAUACAAGCAAAGGACAUGGGAGGACACAUGGGAGGGCUCUCAGGGACAACCAAAGUGACAAUUACACUUACUGAUGUCAACGACAACCCGCCAAAGUUCCCGCAGAGUGUUUAUCAGAUGUCAAUAUCAGAAGCAGCCAUCCCAGGGGAGGAAGCUGGAAGAGUGAAGGCCAAAGAUCCAGAUAUUGGAGAAAAUGGCUUAGUAACUUACAACAUUAUUGAUGGAGACGGUAUAGAGAUGUUUGAAAUUACAACCGAUUACGAGACUCAGGAAGGGGUUGUGAAGCUUAAGAAGCAUCUUGAUUAUGAAACCAAAAGGACCUACAGCUUGAAGGUAGAGGCAGCUAAUAUACACAUUGACCCAAAGUUCAUCAGCAAUGGACCAUUCAAGGAUACUGUAACCGUGAAAAUUAAUGUGGAGGAUGCUGAUGAGCCACCAAUAUUUUUAGCACCAUCUUAUAUUCUGGAAGUAGAAGAGAAUUUGGGCCCGGGUGCUCCAGUUGGGAGGGUUCAUGCCAAAGACCCUGAUGCAAAAAACAGCCUUAUAAGUUAUAUAAUUGAUCGUCACACUGACCUCGACAGAUAUUUCAGUAUCAGCGCAGAAGAUGGUUCAAUUACAACCACAAAGAAACUGGAUAGGGAAGAGAUGGCCUGGCAUAAUAUCUCGGUGUUUGCAUAUGAACUCCAUAAUCGGCACCAGGAAGCCAAAGUUCCAGUAGCAAUCAAGGUCCUUGAUGUAAAUGACAAUGCUCCCAAAUUGGCAUCUCCCAAUGAAGCAGUUGUUUGUGAGAAACCACAGACCAAUGAGCCAUUAAUAACAAUUACUGCAGAGGACAAGGAUGAUGCAGCUAAUGGCCCAAGAUUUAUCUUUGGGUUGCCACCUGAUAUGAUCCAGAAGCCUAAUUUUACUCUCCGAGAUAACCGAGAUAAUACAGCAAGUGUUUAUGCGAAACGCACAAGCUUCAACCGGCAGAUGAAGGAUUCGUAUUCUCUGCCCAUCGUGAUAAGUGAUGGUGGAAGCCCGCCACAGAGCAGUACCAGCAUACUCACAAUCCGGGUAUGUGGUUGUGAUGGAAAUGGAAUAUUAAUCUCUUGCAACCCAGAAGCCUACAUCCUCAGUGCCGGACUUAGCACUGGAGCUUUAAUUGCCAUCCUUGCCUGUAUUGUCAUUUUGUUAGUGAUUGUAGUGUUAUUUGUAACACUUAAACGUCAGAAGAAAGAGCCUCUUAUUGUUUUUGAAGAAGAAGAUGUUCGAGAGAAUAUCAUUACUUAUGAUGAUGAAGGUGGCGGGGAAGAAGACACGGAAGCUUUUGACAUUGCUACUUUGCAAAACCCCGACGGCAUCAAUGGAUUUAUUCCUCGCAAAGACAUAAAGCCGGAGUACCAGUACAUGCCACGGCCAGGGCUUCGGCCUGCUCCAAACAGUGUUGAUGUUGAUGACUUUAUCAACACAAGAAUACAAGAAGCAGACAAUGACCCAACAGCUCCUCCCUAUGACUCUAUCCAAAUCUAUGGCUAUGAAGGAAGAGGCUCAGUGGCUGGUUCACUUAGCUCAUUGGAGUCAGCAACGACAGAUUCCGAUUUGGACUAUGACUAUUUACAAAAUUGGGGACCUCGUUUUAAGAAACUAGCAGACUUAUAUGGCUCCAAAGACACUUUUGAAGACGAUUCUUAACAAUAAAGUUAAAAUUUGGCCUUAAGAACUGUGUCUAAUGUUCUGAGAAAAAAAGAAAUCAGAGGAAAUGUAAGCAGGUAUUUUUUUAAAAUAAAACAAGAAAAGGUUCGUAUAAAGCAUUUUUGGUUUGGUGGGGUUCAGGAGAGUCAUUUAAUUAAAAAAUGGAUGUUAAUAAAAAGUGGUAAAUACUGUGAAGAACCUUUUCAUGCAAAAGGCAAAUAUAGGAGUUGGUUAUCAACUUCACUAGAAGGGGGACAAAAAUAACCACUUGUGAAAUACAAAAUAUUUAAGUGAAGGGAAACUCUUAAAAAAAAUCAUCCUACAAUCGGGCAAUCUUUGUAUGUAUGAUGAACAACUAAGUCUUUUAUGUCAAAGAAGCUUCCACAAAUUAGAAAGGAUAACAGUUCUGAGCUGUAAUUUCGCCUUAAACUAUGGACACUCCGUAUGUAGUGCAUUUUUAAACUUGAAAUAUAUAAUAUUCAGCCAGCUUAAACACAUAUGAUGUAUGUACAGGACAAUGUACAAUUAUAAUGUCUCUUGAGCAUCCGACUUGUUUCUGCUGACUCUUGUAAAUCUUUUUGCUUAUACUUUCAUCUUAAUCUAAUACGUGCCAGAUAUAAAACUCUGUCUUGUUGCAGUGAGAGGCGCCCUAUUUCUAUGUCAUUUUUAAAUGUAUCUAUUUGUACAAUUUUAAAGUUCUUAUUUUUAGUAUACAUACAAAUAUCAGUAUUCUGACAUGUAAGAAAUGUUACAUCACACUUAUAUUUUAUGAACAUUGUACUGUUGCUUUAAUAUGCGCUUCAAUAUAUGAAGCAGACUUUGAAAUAAAAAAAUGAUUCUUUUUU